CUUCUUUAUUUUUCUUCAUUUUCUCCACUUACUCUCUGCCUCGUCACUCUGAUUCUACUACUUUGACAACAGUUGAUCAGUUUGAGACUCAAAAUCCGGCAAAUUCGGACUUUUUCAUUUGGCAAAAUGGAGAUACCAGCCCCUUCAGUUUUUUGUAGUCUCUUCUUCGUUGUGUUGUUCCUACCAGAUACAUCAGUGUCUGAACCAAGAUCCCAGACAGUCCAGAUGAUAUGUGGAAACCAACGCGAGCAUAACACAACGAUUUUCCCUCCAAAUUUUGUUGCUACUAUGGAAACUUUAAGCCAACAAAUGAUAAAAAGAGGAUAUGGAGUAGCAGUUACUGGCACUGGACCAGAUACUAACCAUGGACUUGGCCAAUGCUAUGGUGAUAUUUCGUUAACCGACUGCGUAUUAUGUUAUGUUAACGCCCGAAAUGCUCUUCCCUUGUGCUUCCCUUAUAACGGAGGGCGAAUUUAUCUUGAUGGAUGUUUUAUGCGAAUAGAGAAUUACACGUUCUAUGACCAGUAUUUAGGUCCAGAGGACAGACGUGUAUGCGGAAACAGGACCACAAAGGGUUCAUUGUUCCAACAGAAUGCUAGGCAAGCCGUUCAGCAAGCAAUUGCAAAUGCACCAAGUAAUAAUGGCUACGGGCAUGCUCAAGUGUCAGUGCCUGGUCCUUCCAACGAGACAGCUUAUGUUCUUGCUAAUUGUUGGAGGACGUUGAGUGCAAAUUCCUGCACAAUGUGCUUGCAAAAUGCAUCUGCCUCCAUGUUGGGAUGCUUGCCUUGGUCGGAAGGCAGAGCACUCUACACCGGAUGCUUCAUGAGGUAUUCCAAUAUAAAUUUUCUCAAUGCUAUUUCCACCGGUGGAGGCUUAUCAUCAGGAGGAAAAGUUGCAGUCAUUGUCAUCAUCAUUGUAAGUUCCAUGCUCAUUUUGGGAAUAGGUGUUGUCAUUGGUAUUUAUGUUUGGAAAAACAAGCAAAUCCAGAAGAAGAGAAAAGGCGCAAAUGAUGCGAAAAUAUUAGUGAAGAUCCUUCAUGACAACAGCUUGAACUUCAAGUAUUCGACACUUGACAAAGCCACAGGGUCAUUUGACGAGGCCAACAAGCUCGGGCAAGGUGGAUUUGGCGUGGUUUAUAAGGGUGUCUUGGCAGAUGGGAGAGAGAUUGCUGUCAAAAGGUUGUUCUUCAACAACAAACACAGAGCUGCAGAUUUUUAUAAUGAGGUUAACAUAAUCAGUAGCAUUGAGCACAAAAAUUUGUUAAGGUUAUUGGGAUGCAGCUGCUCAGGACCGGAAAGUCUUCUUGUAUACGAGUUCCUCCCUAACCAGAGUCUUGAUCGCUUCAUAUUUGAUCCUACCAAAGAUAAAGCUCUAAACUGGGAGAAAAGAUUCGAGAUAAUUAUAGGGACCACAGAAGGUUUGGUAUACCUACACGAGAACACAAAGACUCGAAUAAUUCACAGAGACAUUAAAGCAAGCAAUAUCAUGUUGGACUCAAGGCUCCGUGCAAAGAUUGCUGAUUUUGGGUUGGCUAGGUCAUUCGAAGAAGACAAGAGUCACAUAAGCACUGCCAUUGCUGGCACAUUGGGAUAUAUGGCUCCAGAAUACUUAGCGCAUGGCCAAUUGACAGAAAAAGCAGAUGUUUACAGCUUUGGAGUUCUUCUACUAGAAAUUGUUUCCGGAAGGCAAAAUAAUAGGAGAAAAAAUGCCGAAUACACAAAGAGCUUAGUUUCCAUUGCGUGGGAGUACUUUCAACGCGGGAUAGUGGAGGAAUUGUUCGAUCCGAAUCUCAUGUUGCAUAACUACCACACAAUCAAUGUGAAAAAUGAGGUCGCGAGAGUUUUACAUGUCGGACUUUUGUGCACUCAAGAGAUCCCAACACUAAGGCCAUCCAUGUCAAGGGCAUUACAAAUGUUCGUUAAGAAAGAAGAAGAGUUGCCUCCUCCUACUAAUCCGCCAUUCGUGGAUGAGAAAACCAUGGAAUUUCAUGACCCUUGGGAGAAGUACUCGCUUAAAGAAGGCGACUCUGCUUCGAUUGCCAACUUAUCCCACAGUUCUUUUUAUCCCAGAUGAUGAUGUCCAGCCCGGUGCUCUGAAACUGAUGUAAAAAUUAUAAGCAUCAUUUCUCCCCGUGUUCUUGAAGUAGACUUCAUGGUGAUUGAGCUAUUAGUUACAACAAUGCCUCAGUCCCAAACAAUUUGGGGUCUGGCUAGAUGAAUCCUCAUUGUUCCAUUCAAGUUCAAUUCGUGAUCGAGCAGUUAGUUGCUUUAAUAAUUUUGUUCCUAGCUAGAUGUUUGGAUGAACACACAAAGUUUUUCCAAGGCUAGUAGAAAAAAUAGCUCAACUCAUGAUCGAACAAUAGUUACAACAACUAUGCUUUAGUCCCAAAUAAGUUGAGGUCGGCUAGAUGAAUCCUCACUAUUCCAUUUGAGUUCAACUUAUGA